AUGGCGGACGACCAUACCGGAUCAGCACAGUCUGGUCAACCACAGCAGCACGCCUCAGGAUCCGCCUUUUUCGAUUCGUUCUUUGCCUCUGCGUUGCAGCGUGCCAACAUGUCUUCCGGUCAACUCCAUGGUCUCCCUGACCAAGUCGGUUCGGCUGCGCACCCCGUUCCCACUUCCAGCAGCAACGACGUCUACGCACCGAAAGGAAACGGUCUGGAUUGCGGUCGUGAUCCUGGCGACGUACCUGCUGACCCCAUAGAGUCGGUCGUCCAGCAAAAGACUGCAUCCAUCGGCAACUCUGCCGCCACCGCGCGACAGCAAUCUGCGCUCGCAAACGGCGUUUCUUCGCUUAACCUAGGCUCUGCGAGUCCAGGUCAGCCCUCCAACUCGACCACGUCCUACGUCCAAGCCAGUUCUUCCCCCACAUCCGCCCCGCAUCAUCACUCGAACGCUCGCGCAGCUGCCACCGCCCUGCUCUCGCGAUCCAGUUCCGCGCAAUUGGCCAACCACGGAACACCCUCCUCCCGAAUCGCACCGGAUCUCGACGUGCUCGCCACCACCCGUGGCGGUGGGCUCGGCACCCCUACGGGGGAGAGGACGUACAUCGGCUCCUCCUGGUCCGCUUCCGGAACUCAAACACCCGUCAUGGAUCCCAACGGUCUCGGUUGGCCUGCAAAAGCCACACUCGAUCGACUCAACCACACCCCCGCCCAGGCGGAAGCCAACCAAGCCCGCCUAGCCGACGCCAUCUCCACGGUCCUGGAGUGCAUUGGUGAGGAUCCUUCGCGGUCUGGUCUCGCCAAGACACCGGAACGCUACGCCAAAGCGCUCCUCUGGAUGACCCGUGGCUACGAAGUCCGCCUCUCGGAUGUCAUCGCCAACGCCAUCUUUGACGAGGAACACGACGAGAUGGUCAUCGUCAAGGACAUCGAGAUCUUUUCGCUCUGCGAACACCACAUGGUUCCCUUCACGGGGAAAAUCCACAUCGGCUACAUUCCCAACCGUCUUGUGAUUGGGUUGUCUAAACUGGCGAGGAUAGCAGAGACCUUUGCGCGCAGGUUGCAGGUGCAGGAGAGGUUGACCAAGCAGGUGGCGUUGGCACUGGACGAGGCGUUGAGACCGCAAGGCGUAGCGGUGGUUGUCGAGUGCGAGCAUCUGUGCAUGGCCAUGAGGGGGGUCCAGAAACCAGGGGCGACGACGGUGACCAGCUGCAUGCUGGGCGUGUUCAGGGAUCGACAAAAGACGAGGGAGGAGUUUUUGAGCUUGAUCAACAAACGUUAA